AUGUCAAGUUUAGAAAUGAGAAGAGUAUCUCGUGAAGAUAUACAACUGGUUCAGAAUCUAAUAGAACGAUGCCUCCAACUUUACAUGAACCAGAAAGAAGUUAUGGAAACUCUACUUGAGCAGGCUAAGAUCGAACCUGGUUUUACAGAACUAGUUUGGCAGAAGCUUGAAGAAGAGAACAGAGAUUUUUUCAAGGCAUAUUAUCUAAGACUCAUGGUGAAGCAGCAGAUUAUGGAAUAUAACAAGCUGCUUGAGCAGCAGGCCUCAGAUCAAUCCUCUCUUAAUCUGUCAAGUGCAUACCUCAAUGGAGGCUCAGCACUUAACACAAAUAUACCUUCUUCUGUGGACUUUUCAACCCAUUCUAGAAGAGUUGAUCCGUCACCAAACAUGCCUUUGAUGCAAGGAAUGGUCAAAUCCGAGACUGCAUUUUCCAACUGUGAUCCGUACAUGUAUGCUACUGAAGCUCCUUCUGCAGUUAGAGAUGCCUCAAUUGCGUCUUUCAGCAACGAUUCCAGCAACCAAUCCCUCAAUGAUCCACUUGUCGAUGCAGACGAUUCUACAUUUGGGUUCUUAGGUCAAAUUCCUCGGAACUUCAGCCUCUCUGAUCUGACAGCUGAUUUCUCUCAGGGUUCAGGUCCUUCUCAAUCUCAUAUAUGCUCUCCCUUUUUCCCUAACACACUUAUUAAGCAGACACUUGUGUACACUCGCACGCGUGUUUUGAUAUAA